CAUUCGAACAGUUGUCGUGAUUGACAGUGCGCAAGUGUUACAAACCGUUGUUAUCGAGUAUCUUUUUAAAAACAUUACAUCACGCUGUGAAGGAAUACUACUUUAAUCCCGUUUCCGAAGGUGAUUUUAACAUUUUUUAUAGCUUUAUGAAUACAAGAUAAAGUUCACGCGUGGAAUCAGCUCGAAGUCAAAGAGGAAGGAUUUAUUUUUCUACCAGACGUAGCGGCUGUUUUCGAAGAAGAGGAAGAUCGAAGUCGGAGCAUCGAACGCGGAAACGAGCAUCGAGGGCUCGAAUAGAAGGACAAGAAGCGUUGGUUCUCGUGUACGAGGAUAUCGCGGUGGAAAGGGUAAUGGUGGUAUUGAUUGCAACGGAACUUGACCGCGCAAGCUCUCUGUCUGCCCUCAAUGAAAUGACGUGCUUACAUAUGGAACCACGACGGACGGGACGACGACGAUAAAAACCUGUGGAUACCACACCUGGCCGACACCUGCCAGUUGGAACGGUGAUGAUGACACCGACCCUUUGUACCUGUACAUGGCUGCUGCUACCCUGCUGCGUUCUCAUCAGCCUAUCCACCGGUGAAUUGGAUUUCUAUCGAGAUGAAGUCCCCGAAAGUCCGGAAAAUAUCGCGUUGAUGGAAUAUCGUGCCCGGAAACUGAUCGACCUGAUCGAGUCGCAAAAUCAUCAUCAGCAGCAUCCCCAUAGAGCUCCCAUCUUCUCCCCGUUGAUAGGGAACCCGUCUCACAAGAAGCAUCACCUGGACUCGCGUCGUCAGAAGGAAAGGGAUCUCCUGAACGUUUUAACCGACAAGGCGAUCUUGGCUGAGAUUCUCAGGAAGAAGAAGGCGAAAGAAUGGAAUCUCAGGCAAACGCGAUACAACGAGCCGAUCAACGAACUUCCCGAAGAAAGAGAGCAGUAUCUACCGAUCGACGAGUUGAAUCGGUUGGAGUAUCUCAAGUUUAAGCUGCCUUAUUUAUCCCGUAAAAUUAACGACGAUGAUGCCAACUAUCGGGACGAGGGUUACGAGUACGAGGAAAAUGGACCAAUCAAGGAAAUACCUUACGAGGAGAGGAAGUUUGACAGAGGGAUGAAAGAGGAACCGUUGCUGGGCUACCACGGAAGUUACAGUGGUUCGUUCGACGAACAGAUCGCGGCUAAUGAUAUGAACGUUCAGAAACCGCACACCACUGUUCCAGAAUUUACUUAUCAUUUCUACGAUUCGGAUUUGAACGAGAGACACCCGUUCGCGGUGAAACCGAACAACCCGAAAUACUAUCAGGACGGUCCUUUUUUCUUCGGUGAUAACGAUGAGUCGAGCAUGGAGGAACCCAGUAGAAACAAAACAAAAUGGGAGCAAGAAAGUAGUGAGAUUGAAAAAUCGCAAGCAAUACACGAAGAAAGUACGAGAAACGCUGAUUCAAAGUUUAAGGAUACGUCGAUGAUCACGUUGUCGGAGCUGGAACAACGGACAGGGUACAGUCCUUUGGUUGUGCCUGUGAAUCAUGACUUGAAUAACGAUAUAUACUUCAUUGCUAUCGUUGCUGGUUGUAGUGCGGCAGCAAUGUUUGCACUUGUACUGAUCGCUUUAACAUGGUGCAGAUUGAAACGAGGUGCUAAAGCAGCUGCUGACAUAGAGUACCCAGCUUAUGGCGUAACUGGUCCAAACAAAGAGAUAUCGCCUUCAGGAGACCAAAGACUAGCUCAGUCUGCUCAGAUGUACCACUUCCAACAUCAGAAACAACAAAUUAUCGCUAUGGAAAAUCGUGUUUCUGCAACCAGAGAUCCAGGCUCUAUUUCUGAAGCUGAGAGUGAGGAGGAAAACGAAGAAGGAGACUAUACCGUUUACGAAUGUCCAGGAUUGGCUUCUACUGGUGAAAUGGAAGUGAAGAAUCCAUUGUUCCACGACGAUCCAACCCCAGCAACACCAGCACAAACGAACAAAGAAGAGGACCACAUGUAGUUUCAGUAAAUCCUGAAUACAUUUCAUUUGAAUAUCUUUUUAUUUGGUGCUUAGCUCACUGUUAAUGUACCAUAUCGAAAACAUUUAUCUAUAUAUACAUAUAUAUAUAUAUUAAAUGUAUACAACUUUAAUACCUAUGUGACGCAGGAAGUCAAGAUAUAAAUGAUCAACUUAAGGGUCUGAUAUUUAGGGCUACAUUUGCGUUUUGUGCAAGAGAUUUAUCAGGCGAGACGAUGAACCUUCCUAUCUCGUUUCGAACUAUCGUGUUUGUUUGAGAACACAUAUUUUUUAGCUCCAUGAUGUACUAUAGUUUGUACUUUCAUAGCAAGUGCGGUUUAACCAUAUGAUUGACAAUUAUUUUUCUACACACCGUUACACUUGCAAAGAUAAGGGUACAGAUUGGAGAUCGUAUAUUACACUAUUAACAUUCAAUAUCAUUUCUUAUCUAAUUUUCAUUCUUUUUAAAUAUAUAGACAUAAUAUUUAUUUAUUAAAUUUCAGUAAUAUAUAUUUUGUGCUUUGAAUUCCAUCAGAUAAGAUAUUUUACUUCAGAGUAGGUGGGAGUUUGAAAGUUGACCAAGGAGAGCCUUUGUUUCUGGCAUAAUUUUUAGAAAAUUUACAAUAUCUGUUAUUAUUCUGUCUAGACGGUAUACUUAAAAUUGAAUCACAUAAUCCUAUAUAAAUCUACGUAAUAGAGAAAUGGAGGAAAGUAAACGAUUAAGAUAAUUUAAGAAAUUUAAUUAAGGCGAAAUUUUAUUGUAUACAGGUAAUAUUUUACCCUGAAUGUUGUUGCGUUUAGCUUAUUUUAACAGACGUUAGGAAACAAUGUGGAAUGAUUUCAGUUUUACGUACUACACUGUUAUUUCUAGCAUCAUUAUUGUGAUUUAUAUUAUCAUCCUAAAAAGAAGCGAAAACUCUGUACAUAUGUUACAAAGAAGCUGUUCCUUUUAAUAUUGGCUAUUUACACAGGCGAUAUAUAACAUAUACAUAUACAUACAUAUAAUUUAUUGGCUUGAAACGAUAAUAUGUAUUUUAUUUUUCUAUAACAGUUAUAACGCUGUUGAUCGAUAGAAACAGUUGUAAGAUAAAGAAGAGAGCCUAUCAUAGAAAUGAUUAUUUAUUUUGUCAAACUUGAAGAGCACAUUACACGUAAUUUAGCGUCGACUGUGUAAUUUACUCCGAAUAAGAGUUACUAUUUACAUAAAUCCUCGAAUAUCUGUGGAAUGCUAUAUAGAUACGCUAUAUAAUAAUAGCCAAAACGAGAAACAGUAAUUUUCCUGAAGAAUUUCGUCUGUGUUUAAUAAUCGAUCAUAGAUCGAAAAUUAAAGGAAAAAAUAGAAAAA